UUUUCAGUGUAACACCGCUAGACGCCGUCCGUAGAAGCUGUAGCGUACUUCCAAUAGGGUGCUUUCUAACGUCCCUCCGGCCAGUAUAGUGUAUUUUUUUUUGAUUCAGUGUGACCUCGACCGGUCUUUAACCGCACUGUUUCCUGACAUCCCAUAUAGGUCACUAUGGAAAUAUUGGGUUAUAGGCGGCGAGGUGGCACUGUAUCGGACGCUAGCCGCAGCAUGGUCGGGGAAGAACUUUUAUAAAAGUUGAAGGAUAUCGCUGACAGGAGAAAGGUGUUAUUGUGAGAAGACUGAAAUGUUUCGUUUCCGAGUGGCGUGUUUGCUCCGGAAGCCUUGCAAUGUUUCUGUCCUCACUGGACGCGCUGCGCCUCCUGGCACCGAAUGGAGGAACUACGCCACUGGAUUUUGUCAUGCCGUGCCCUCUGGAGCUCUACGGAGGCGCUGUGCCAUCAGUACACGUUGCCCUGCGCCCCCUGGCACUGAAUGGAGGAACUAUGCUGUUUGUCGCACUGCGCCCUCUGGUGCUCUGUGGAGGCACUGCGCUGCCAUUACGUGUCGGUCUGUUCCCUCUGGUGCUGUGCGGAGCAAGUGCACUGUCUUUACGCGUCGUUCUUCGCCCAUUGGUGGAGAGUUGAGGCAUUGCACUAUGGGAACGUGUCACUUGAGCACUCCUAUCCGUCAUGUUCCUGCCAUCGCCUGCCAGCUCUUGCACACCUCAUCUUCCUGCAGGGCCAUGCCUGCCCCUCUUCUAUGGCUUCUGGUCAAACCAGCACAAAGGCUGGUGGUUAUUAUUCUGGGAAGGAGUAUCGGCAAGUGGUGGCGCUCUCUCCCCCCCAACCGGAAGGAGUUUCUGCGCCAGGAGGCCUGGAGACGUAGGUGGUACCUGGCAGCUGUGGUGUCGGCCCUUCUGACGCUCCUCGCCACCUUCGGUCUCACGCACCUGGACGAAUCCCCCAUCACGGGACGCGUACGACUCCUGGUGUUCAGCCGGGAGCAGUUCAUGGAGCUGGCCAAUCUGACGGCGGAGGAGAUGAUGGAGGAAUUCAAGGAGUCCAUUAUUUCCCUGGAAGACCCAAGACACAAGGCGGUGGAGAUGGUGGUGAAACACCUGGCCCAGCGGAACCAGGACAUCGCAGAGAUGGCCAGCAUGCCCUGGAGUGUCCAUGUGUUGGACCAUCCCUCCACCAAUGCUUUUGUGCUGCCGGUCAGCAGUGUUGCCUUUUACCAGGCGAUCAGGUUUCAUAUUCAUAUGAUCCUCAAUUUACUGUUCGACCAUCCCUACAGCAGGAAGUUAGAGACAGAAGCAGAUGAAGUUGGACUCCAGCUGGCCGCUAAGGCGUGUGCGGAUGUGCGGGGCCUGCCACUCUUCUGGCAGCAGAUGGAGCGGGAGGAGCAGCAGAACGGGAAUCUGGAGCUGCCGGAGUGGCUGUCCACGCACCCGUCCCACAGAAACCGCUCCAGCCGGAUGGAGCGCCUGAUCCCGCAGGCCCUGGAGUUGAGGGCCAGCUGUAACUGCCCUGCUCUGCCACGCCUGCCCCCCCAGCUUGUUGUCUCAGGGAGUGUGCGCCCCCUGGAGGACGGGGAGGGGAAGCAAAAUGCUGUCACAGCCAAGGACCCCGACCACCCCCCCCACCCCAGAUGCCAGAGGCCUCUCCCGCACACCGGCGGACAAAUCCCGACUCGGGGACGUGCUUGAGGCCACCCUGGGGAGUCGACCUUCCCAUCACCUGACAGGGGAUAUCAGGAGGAAUCUGGAGUCUCCUCCAGUCCGGACCUGAACUCAGUCCUGCUAAGCUGCUCAUAUGUACUGAUCUGAAAUGGAGUCUCCCUGUCUCUCCAUUGCUACAUUUUUUCUGGCCCACCUGCUGUGCACAAAUAUUAAAUGUAUGUUUUAUAUAUGAAUGAAAUAAAAAUAUAUUGAAAUACA